GCAGCCAAUGAGCGCAUUCCACAUGCGGACAGCGAGAGCGGUGCAUGCGGAUCAGGAGAGCGGCGGAGCGGAGACACGCGAUUGGUGCUGAUGGUGCUUGAGCUGCGAACACCGGCAGAGUGCUGCGCUUCACGGGAAUGAGCCCAGGACACAUCCGAAAGACUAUUUAAAGGCCUCGUUUUAAUUAUCUAGCACAUCACAAGGACACUAGGGACUAUUAUAAGGGAUCAAAAAAACUUAGAGAUCAAGAACAAGCGGCGACUUUACGAUGUCCGUUGUGUAAUUUGCGUUUUCAAGUGUAAUUUUGACCGGGUUAGGAACUUUUCUUAUUAUUAAUCGCCCGAACUGAGAAGUUACGUUAGAACAACAUCGCGUACUGUUUCUCUGAAGUCACUACGGUUGUUUUUGGAUCAAGUUUUUUUCUUCUCGUGGGUCCGAAGGUCUUGAAAGUCAGGACUGAAGGAUUUGAAGAAGCCCGUUUGUGGGGGUUGCGAGUCCGUUCCUAAUCAGCGUGUCCGUCCGUCCACGAUGGAGAACGCACAUACGAAAACCGUGGAGGAAGUUUACAGCUUUUUUGCGGUCAACGAGAGCACGGGGCUCGGCCUGGAGCAAGUGAAGCGGCAGCGGGAGAAAUGGGGACCGAACGAACUGCCUGCUGAAGAGGGAAAAUCACUGUGGGAGUUGGUGGUGGAGCAAUUUGAGGAUCUUUUAGUGAGGAUUCUUCUCUUGGCAGCUUGCAUAUCUUUUGUACUGGCCUGGUUUGAAGAGGGAGAGGAGACAAUUACAGCUUUUGUGGAGCCUUUUGUAAUAUUGCUAAUUCUCAUAGCCAACGCUAUUGUAGGUGUCUGGCAGGAAAGAAAUGCAGAAAAUGCCAUUGAGGCCCUUAAGGAGUAUGAGCCCGAGAUGGGGAAGGUCUAUCGACAGGACAGGAAGACUGUACAGAGGAUCAAAGCCAGGGACAUCGUUCCCGGGGACAUUGUGGAAGUUGCUGUGGGUGACAAAGUUCCGGCUGACAUUCGCUUGACGUCAAUCAAGUCAACGACUCUAAGGGUGGACCAGUCCAUUUUAACAGGAGAAUCCGUGUCAGUAAUCAAGCAUACAGACCCAGUCCCUGACCCCCGCGCUGUGAACCAGGACAAGAAGAACAUGCUCUUCUCUGGUACCAAUAUUGCUGCAGGCAAAGCGGUGGGAGUAGUGGUCGCCACAGGUGUAAACACUGAAAUCGGUAAAAUCCGUGAUGAAAUGGCAUCCACUGAGCAGGAGCGCACACCCCUACAACAGAAACUGGACGAGUUUGGUCAGCAGCUCUCCAAAGUCAUCUCCCUCAUCUGCAUCGCAGUGUGGAUCAUCAACAUCGGACACUUCAAUGACCCUGUUCAUGGCGGCUCCUGGGUCCGUGGGGCUGUUUACUAUUUCAAGAUCGCAGUUGCGCUGGCUGUUGCCGCCAUCCCUGAAGGCCUGCCUGCCGUCAUCACCACCUGCUUGGCUCUGGGUACUCGGCGUAUGGCGAAGAAGAAUGCCAUCGUUCGUUCUCUGCCCUCAGUGGAGACUCUGGGCUGCACCUCUGUCAUCUGCUCCGACAAAACCGGCACUCUUACCACCAACCAGAUGUCUGUUUGCAGGAUGUUCAUUGUUGAUCAGGCCAAUGGAAACACCUGCUCUCUGAAAGAGUUCAGCAUCAGUGGCUCCACAUAUGCACCUGAUGGACAAGUGUGUCAUGAGGGUAAACCAGUGCAAUGCUCCAAGUUUGAUGCUCUGGUUGAAAUGGCCUCAAUCUGUGCUCUGUGUAAUGACUCUUCUCUGGAUUACAAUGAGGCCAAAGGUGUGUAUGAGAAGGUGGGAGAAGCUACAGAAACCGCCCUCACAUGUUUGGUGGAGAAAAUGAACGUGUUCGACACCGAGCUUAAGGGUCUUUCCAAGGUCGAGAGGGCGAAUGCAUGCAACUCAGUCAUCAAGCAGCUGAUGAAGAAGGAAUUCACUCUGGAGUUUUCCAGAGACAGGAAGUCCAUGUCUGUUUACUGCACUCCCAACAAAGCUCGCUCCUCCAUGGGCAAGAUGUUUGUUAAGGGGGCUCCAGAGGGAGUAAUUGACAGAUGCACACACAUCCGUGUUGGAGGAAAUAAAGUCCCAAUGACGCCGGGAAUUAAAGAGAAGAUCAUGUCUGUGAUCCGUGAGUAUGGCACUGGGCGAGACACACUGCGCUGUUUGGCUCUGGCCACCCGAGACAAUCCCUUGAGUAAAGAGAGCCUGGUGCUGGAGGACUCCACCCGAUUCGUUGAGUAUGAGACGGACCUGACUUUUGUGGGCUGUGUUGGCAUGUUGGAUCCGCCCAGAGCAGAGGUCGCAGCUUCCAUCAAACUCUGUCGUCAAGCAGGAAUCCGAGUCAUCAUGAUCACCGGUGACAACAAGGGUACAGCGGUCGCCAUCUGCAGGCGCAUCGGCAUCUUUGGAGAGAACGAUGAUGUUUCCCGCAUGGCUUACACUGGCCGAGAGUUUGACGAUCUGUCUGCUGCUGCCCAGCGUGAGGCGGUGCUCACUGCCCGUUGCUUCGCCCGUGUCGAGCCAUCCCACAAAUCCAAGAUCGUGGAGUUCCUGCAGUCUUAUGACGAAAUCACUGCCAUGACUGGUGAUGGUGUGAACGAUGCUCCUGCUCUCAAAAAGGCUGAGAUUGGCAUUGCUAUGGGCUCGGGCACUGCGGUGGCCAAGACUGCUUCUGAAAUGGUGCUCGCAGAUGAUAACUUUUCUACCAUCGUGGCCGCUGUGGAAGAGGGUCGUGCCAUUUACAACAACAUGAAACAGUUCAUCCGCUACCUCAUCUCCUCAAAUGUCGGCGAGGUGGUCUGUAUUUUCUUAACGGCGGCUCUGGGCUUCCCCGAGGCUCUGAUUCCAGUUCAGCUGCUGUGGGUGAAUCUGGUGACCGAUGGCCUGCCAGCCACUGCACUGGGCUUCAAUCCACCGGACCUGGACAUCAUGAGCAAACCCCCUCGUAAUGCCAGAGAGCCAUUAAUCUCCGGCUGGCUCUUCUUCAGAUACCUUGCUAUUGGCUGUUAUGUGGGUGCUGCUACUGUAGGUGCUGCUGCAUGGUGGUUCAUUGCUGCUGAAGAUGGGCCCAGAGUCACCUUUUAUCAACUGAGCCACUUCCUUCAAUGUGCACCAGAUAACCCAGAGUUUGAGGGCCUGCAAUGUGAAAUCUUUGGGUCUCCUUAUCCUAUGACCAUGGCUUUGUCUGUACUGGUUACCAUUGAGAUGUGCAACGCCCUCAACAGUGUUUCGGAGAACCAGUCACUGCUUCACAUGCCCCCAUGGGAGAAUGUGUGGCUGUUAGGAGCCAUCUGCCUCUCCAUGUCCCUCCAUUUCCUCAUUCUUUAUGUGGAGCCCCUGCCGAUGAUCUUCCAGAUCACCCCACUCAACGUGACCCAGUGGCUUAUGGUGUUGAAGAUUUCCCUGCCCGUCAUCUUGCUGGACGAAGUCCUCAAGUUUGCGGCCAGAAAUUACCUGGACAAGCCCAAAGACCUGGACAAUCCCAAGGGCAAGGCCUGCUCGCUUAGUGCCUGCACAGAGGGCAUUUCCUGGCCUUUCGUUGCUCUCUCACUCCCCCUGGUGUUGUGGAUCUACAGCACUGACACUAACGUGGCCGAACUGUUCUGGUCUUGACUGAAAUGAGUGUAGACACUGUGUAUGUGCGUCUGUGUGUGUGUGGUCGUGCGUAAAAAGUGUGCCUCCGCAACAGCGAAUGUGUACGAGAAAGACAGGAUUAACACAAAAAUAACCAUAAUAUAGAAUAUAACUUUUUUUUUUUUUAAAUGUCCAUUCGAGAAGACUAGAAGUCUUCAAGUAUUAAUGAACCAUUAAGAUUUAUUCUUUUUGGACUUGCUUGGUUUCGGUCUUUUGUUUUUUAAUUAAUUAUUUGUUUAAUUAUCAAUUAUGGUAACAUUCACUCAUUUUCCCCCUUAUCAUGUGUUCAAAUGGCUGAAUGGAGACAAAAGAAGCUUGUGUACAGACAUUUAACACUAUUUUAUGCAGUCGUUCAUGUUAUUAUUUGUUCAUUUUGCUAGCAGAGAAAAGUGGGUGGGAAAGAAAGAGAACAAGACAGAACUGUUUACUAAUGUUUACCUUUGUGUCUUCGGCGCGAACACCGAUCAGAGCCAACGGACAAGCAUGGUGUUGCAAAGCAGCAUGGGAAAGAGCGCGGGACUGAAUGUUUAAAUGCUUCACGGUCGAAUCGUCAGAUGAAAGCUGCAUGAUCUGUAUUUUGCAUGCAUGUUGUGUGGGUUUUUCACUUUUGAUUUGUACCUGUGUGUCUUUCCUUAAGUGUAAUAACUUCCAUUCUUACAGUGAUAUGUUUUGUUUCCACUAUCACCUGACACUUUUGAUUAGUAAAGCCAGUUUUUUCUGCAGUAGGCAGAGUUACAGCUACCUCAGGACUGUCAGAUUAGACUCUCUCUGGUUGCUUCUCCCCACCACUUAGCUUUACACCGCUUGUACACAUUACUGCUUGAGGUGUGCCUCUGUUUGAUAAGCAAAACUUAGAUUCUUUCGGCCCUGACUAAUGUUUUUUUUAAUUAGUUUUUGGUUGUUUUUCCAUUGUAUUUUAUAAAUGAACUUGCAUUAACUUAAUUUAGGGAUUUUGUUUUGGGGUGGGAGGGGUUGGAAAAAAAGAUGUAAAUGUUGCCGUUUAAUGGGUUAAGGUCAGAGACAAAGGAGUAGAAGAUUUAAUUAACAAGCAAAGGUUUAGGUGUUGCAUUCAAAACAUGAAUUUUACAAUGCAAAACCAAAAUGUUUCAUGCUACCUUUUUUCUACUUUAAAAAAAUACACUCAUGAACCAUUUGAAUUAAAAAAUGUGUGUCUUCAUUUUAUGAUGAGCUGGUCUGAUCCUGCAAUGCAGCAUGGCAAGUUUUAGGAGCAAAUAUACUUGAAUAAUUGAAAUUAAAUGUACAGAGAUUUAGUUAUAUAGCUGAGCACAAGACUGACAGCUGGGACUCCUGUUCGGCCCUGAUUAAAGCGGCCUGUAUAUUUGUACACAGCACAUCUAUACAAGAAUGGUACAACUAGGUUUAUUUCUUUUCAUUAAAUAGAGCUUUCUGGGUUUUUUUUAGUCGUCCGUUGCAUCACACUAAUUCUUGCUUGCUGAAAUGAAUGCAUGUCCCUGACUAUGCCCUUGGUGUGGAAUUCUCAGUAUUUUAUCUAACAGUCAUUCAUGUUAGCGUAGCUUUCAGUGGACCUUCAUUUAAAUAAGUGUCACUGAUAUUUACUUUCUCCAACGAUAUCCCGAAGCCUCAAGUUUUCUGACAAUGGACCAACCCUGCUAAACAUGUAUAUCUGCUAAAAUUCACACUUUACACAUGGCCAUAUCGGUUUGAGUACAUUCCACUGUUAUAUUCAACUGCAAUAUAUGCUGUUUUUAAGAAAUAUAUAUAUAUAUAUAUAUAUAUAUAUCGUUAAGACUUAACUGGCUAACUUUUUAAGUGUGAUUGUUUCCUUUACCACAUCUAAUUUUAAUCUCGUCUCUGAAUGAACUGAAUCGACUUCAUCCAUAUUUUUUAUUAGAACGGUCCGUACACUGUGGUCUGACUUGCUCAGGAACUGAACUUGGAUGUUGGCAUAAACCAGACUCAAAUGGAAACACUAUUGCCAUUAGAAAUGUCGCUUUUUAAGUGGAAGUUGCCUUGGUAUCAACAAACCCCAGUUAUUUACACCUUUUUCAUGUUUAUAUGCUAUAUAUUUAUUUGAUAGUGCACUUUAGAGUUUCCAUUUCAUUCCAAAACAUUCUUUGGUUUUUAUUAUUGGCUCAGUAAAAUCUGCUCGUGUUGGGAAACCUCAGGCUUCUGUGUUGUGCAUGCAUGUUUUGAGUGGCUUCAUUUUGCUGAUUAUCAAAACCUGCAUGUUGAAUGUGCAGUCCGGGGAAAAUAGCCACCAUUGCACUGCCGGAUGACAUGUGAGAGUGGGAUCAAUAACAAAAACUAAAUAAUUAUAAUGAAUACAUGACAGAAAUGAGAAUAAGUGUGUAUGGUAGUAAGCAACAUCAUCAGUCUUCUACCCUGCAUGCCAAUGCCUACCAUUGCCUAAUGCUGAUGCAAGGAGAGUUUUUUCUGUGUAAAUUGUCAUAGUUUUAUAUACAUGUAUUAUAUAGUAUAAUGCAUGCAUUCAGUUGUAAUUAGCCAAAUAAUUUGAUCUAUAUUUAUAUAGCAACUUGCUGUGUACAUUGCUGCUAAAUCAUGGUAUGAUAUGAUUAAACACGUCAUUUUACAAAAUAAACUUCAGUUAAUUUUACCAAU